CCUCAGCUUGGCCAGUGGAGACUGAAGAGCAUCUUCUUUGAAGAGCCACAGCAGAUUCAGGUGAAGUCAGACCAUGAAGACAGCCGGGUUUCUGUUUCUCCACAUUCUGAUACUGUUCUUCUACUUUGAUGCUGCCAUGGCAAGAAUACCAAUUGACUGUAGCGGAUUUCCAAGCAAAAUAUGCACUGCAGACUACAACCCGCAUUGUGGUGUUAUUCGUAAAACAUAUGGAAACAAGUGUCACUUUUGCAAUGCUUUUGUGCAAAGUGGUAGGAAGCUUGAACUAGAGUACUAUGGAGAAUGCAGGAAACAUGCAAAGAAUAAGGAAUAACAACCUCACACUCAUUUCAUGGCUUGCUAGCAGUAUCCACUCAAUCUUGUCUUCCCUCUACUUUUGAUCUGGUAGCUGAUGAACAUCUUGUAGUAUCUGAGUGUGGUUGACAAAUAAAGAAAAGAU